AUGGUGCUCACCCAAUAUGAUCCUGGACGGCCAUUGAGACUAGCCUGUGACGCCUCACCGGUCGGAAUUGGGGUAGUUUUAUCCCACAUCAUUGAGGAUGGCUCAGAGCGACCCAUAGCCUUCACAUCACGUACCCUAACCAAAGCAGAAAGGAACUACUCCCAAAUUAAUAAAGAAGCCCUAGCCUUGGUUUGGGGAGUCAAGAAAUUCCACCUUUACCUGUUUGGUCGUCAUUUCACACUCGUGACAGAUCAUGAGCCCCUGACCUCAAUUUUUAAUCCUAAGAAAGGAAUACCAGAAAUGACAGUUGCUCGCUUGCAACGUUAUACGUUGUUUCUAGCAGGGUUUGAAUACAGUAUUGAGUACAAGAACACAACCCAACAUGGAAACGCGGAUGGAUUGUCACGCCUACCUCUAAAGAAAGCCUGUGACAAGGAAGUGGUUGACCCAGUGGAGAUUUUUCAAGUAUCCCAGAUAGAAGUGCUGCCAGUCAAUGCAGAUAUGACCCGUCAAGCAACUCAGAGAGAUCCAGUUUUGUCACGUGUGAUGGAAAACACAAAGCAAGGGUGGCCAACUGUUAGUGAGAAGGAGCUGGAGCCAUUUCAGAGGAGGAAAGAUGAGCUCACCAUACAGGAUGGCUGUCUUAUGUGGGGCUCACGAGUGAUAAUCCCACCCAAGCACCAGGCACAACUGUUAGCUGAGCUCCAUGAGGGCCACCUUGGAAUCGUUAUGAUGAAGGCCUUGGCCAGGAGCUACAUGUGGUGGCCAAGGAUGGACAAAGCAAUUGAAGAAGUAGCAAAGGGGUGCACUGGCUGUCAACUUACCCAGAACAACCCUAAGACCGCUCCACUCUACUCAUGGGAGUUGCCGGCACGACCAUGGCAACGCAUCCACAUUGACUUCACUGGCCCAUUCUUAGGAACUAUGUUUCUGAUUGUUGUAGAUGUACAUUCUAAAUGGCCCGAAGUGAUACCGAUGACCACUACAACUGCCAGCAGAACAAUUGAGGAACUAAGAAAGCUCUUUGCCACACACGGCUUGCCAGAACAGCUUGUAAGUGAUAAUGGACCUCAAUUCAUAGCAGAUGAAUUCGGAGAAUUCAUGCGAAGUAAUGGUAUUAGGCACAUUAAGUUAGCUCCGUACCACCCAGCCACAAAUGCAAUGACAUUCAAGCAAGCUCUCCGCGCAGCGCUGGCGGAAAAGAAAUCUAUCUCUUGGAAGCUGGCAAACUUUCUGCUGGCCUACAGAUCAACCCCACAUGCCUUGACUGGAGAGACACCAGCCGUGCUCCUCAUGGGGAGAAACAUCAGGACAAGGUUUAUACUGAAGCCUAACUUACGGAAGCGAGUGGAAGACAAGAUCAAGAUUUACGGUCAAUUCACAGCCCUACCAGAAAGCUAG